AUUGAGCAGCAGUAGUUUGAUGUAAUGGAGGGGCUGGGCGAGUCAGUCCGCCUACACGGGCUUUGUGUUGAUGUUCAGGCGGCGCAACAGCGCUGACAGUCCGCGACCAGAGCAACACCAGAGAACAGCGUUCCCAACACCCAUCCACCAUCGAGGGAGGAAGAGAGGGAGAGAAAGAGGACAGGAUCCGAGCGCGAGGGAGCGGAGCCGGACUGAAUCAUGGCCACUUCAACGUCUUGCACGGGCUCCACACUGCUGCAGCCAAUUAGUAAGAUGAUCGAUCUGCCGCUGGACCAGCGUUUUGGACGUCAUUCUGACGGCACCCAUUCACUGCAGAGGACCUAUUAGUGAGCAAGUGACGUAAAGCCAGAUUUCUCCAAAACUUCUCUGAGUUUCUGCCUGAGGGUGAACUUUGUGGUGUGCCAGCUCUUCGCCCUGGUCACGGCUUUCUGGUUCAGACUCUACUUGCACCCUAGCAAGACAAGUCCCUUCAUCCGGCAUGUAGUCGCCACUCUGCUGGGCUUUUAUUUGGCCCUCUUCUGCUUUGGCUGGUACGCCUUGCACUUUCUGGUACAGAGCGGUCUUGCUUACGGCGUCAUGAUCUUCACGAGCGUGGAACACAUGCACAAGUACUGCUUUGUGGUUACACUGGGAUAUCUCAGUUUCUGCCAGGUCACAAGAGUCUAUGUGUUUGACUACGGAAUGUACUCGGCAGACUUCACUGGGCCCAUGAUGGUCAUCACACAGAAGAUCACAAGUUUGGCCUUUGAGAUUCAUGACGGCUUGGUGAAGAGGGAGGAGCACCUAAAGCCCAGUCAGAAGUAUCUUGCAGUCAGGAAGAUGCCCAGUCUCUUGGAGUAUUUAAGUUAUAACUGUAACUUCAUGGGGAUCUUGGCCGGCCCAACCUGCUCCUAUAAUGAUUACAUAGCCUUUAUAGAAGGACGAUGCUAUGAGCCCAAACACCUGGAGUCAAAUGGCAAAGAGAACGGGAAAUUCAAGCAGAGUGAUCCUUCACCUAAGAGGGAUGUGAUCCAGAAACUGUGCACGUGCGCUCUGUCACUAAUGGUUUAUUUGGUGAUCUACACCGCCUGCCCUACAGAGCGUGUCAUCGACGAAACCUUCAUGGCCUCUAACCCUUUCUACAUCCAGGUCUUGUACCUCUACAUCUCCAUGUUGGCUUUACGUCCCAAAUACUACUUCGUAUGGACGUUAGCCGAUGCCAUCAACAACGCAGCUGGUUUCGGGUUUAAUGGCUACAGCACAGAUGGCACCCCAAAAUGGGACAGAAUAUCAAACUUAAGAAUACUCAAUAUUGAGUUUGCCACCAGCUUCAAGAUGUUCUUGGACAACUGGAACAUUCAGACAGCACUUUGGUUGAAGAGAGUGUGUUACGAGCGCUGCCCGUACAAUCCGACCGCGGCCACAUUCCUCCUCUCGGCCAUCUGGCACGGAGUUUACCCGGGGUAUUACCUGACCUUCGUCACGGGCAUCGUCGUAACAAUGGCGGCGCGGGCAGUAAGACACAACGUGCGGCAACACUUCCUGGGCUCAGCCACACUCAAGCUCAUCUACGACGUGAUCACCUGGUUCAGCACGCAGAUGGCCAUUUGUUACACUGUCGUGCCGUUUGUACUGCUGGCGGUGGGGCCUUCGCUAAAGUUUUAUAGCUCGUGGUACUGCUGCAUUCACCUGCUCUGCGUUUUGCUGGUGCUGGUUUUACCCGUGAAGUCCAGACGCACGAAACAACAGGAACAGCCGGGCACGGUUCAGGCCAGUGAACAGAACUGUCUCUCCUCUCCUGACAACAACUGCAACCAGAAGCAGAAGGCCACAUGAGGGCAGGAAGGGCUGCUCGAGCCGCACACAGCGCUGUGAGGAACUCUAAUAUCAAUACUGAGAGACACAGAGCGGCCAUUUUCUCCCUCAGAUCCAACGACGCUUGACGGUGACAUAAACUCCAGCAACGAUACAGCGAAAAAGAGACCGUUGACCCCAUAGCCGCCCUGUUGGAGAUGGGUUUUAAACAGGAAAUAUUCCUAGGAUCAUAUGAAAUUGGGGUGAUUAAUUAUUAAAAUGAUGAGUAAUUGACUUCAAUGUCAGUUAAUCUGAAGUUGCCUUAAACCCUCCAUAUAUUUAGGGCCUGAAGCCUCGUAUGGGGAUCGUGUUACAUAGGAGCGGACCAGUCAUUGUUGGCUUAUAGCUUCACUACAUUAGUGCGGGAAGUCUAGCACUGGAAUCAACUUCCACGAUACCUAGAAGGUUUCUGCCAUUGUCAAUUAACAAAGUAACCUCUCUUUUAGUUCUUCUCAAAGGAAGUGUGUGCGGUAAAUGGAAAAAAAAAAACAAGUCCAGUCGUGCGUUGCCAAAUUUCUAGGCCUUAGGUUCCUGUCUCUUGCCAUCGUUUCAUCUUUAUUAUUAAUUUCUGGGGUUUCUUGUAGGUUCAUAUCUGCUGCUUUCUUUCUCAAGCCUUUUUCAGCGUCUUUGGAACAAGAGUCAGCCAUAAGAGUGCGUUUUUAAAUCUUUUGCUAAAACUUUUCGGUUAUUUUUUUUGUUUGUUUAUUUUUUUUCUUCAUUUUGGUGGGAUUAAGAGAUAUUAAUAAUGCUCUUCUUUUUUUUUUUAAUGGGUUGUAGGUUUCCUCAGGGCAGACGCAGGUCACGUUUAGACCAUUUUAGAUUUUUCCCAUCUGGAGAAAAAGGAAGGCGUUUCAAUAAUAUUCAUUAUCACGGUUUGUUUGUUCGUUUUUAUGUUAUAGACUGAUGUGGUAAGUGCAAUAACUGUAUUGUUUCCAUAGGUGCAUGUCAAUGGAAAAAUGAAAAGCUUUGCAAGCAGUGCUAACGCUCUCAUCACAUCAACAACAAUCAGAAUUUUGCAGUGCUUCAGUAUUGAAGUACACUACCAGCUAAAAGUUGGGUCAAAGCGGAUUUGUUUCUCUUGAUAUUAAAUAUCUGUUAAAGGCAUAUACUUGAAGUUAAUAAACAUGAACAUAAAAUGUGCCAACAAAGUAAUUCCUUAAAACAAUUUUUUAUAUAUGUAUAUUUAUCUUUGUUGUCCAUCUUAUCUACUGGUUAUUUUUUUUUUAUUCAUCUUUUUUGCUUGGUUAUGUUUGUUUUUUGCUAUUCUUUGUUUUGCCUUUCAUAUAGAUUUGGAAAAGCAGCCUGCAGCAGUUAAUAAUAAUUCCCAUAUUUCCACUUGUUAUUUUUAUAUUUUUGACGAUUGUAUUCUAAAAUGUGGAAACUAAUGAUAAAGUCUCAACUUUUUGCUGGCAGUGUACUGUACAUGCAGUAAUCGGAUACAUGCAGUUUCAAAAAAUAUAUAUUUUCCCGCUACAGAUGCAUCAGUACCUUAAAGAAACCUGCAAGGUGUUUGAUUUUAAUAUAAAAACAAUUCUUUGAUCUCCUAAAAGGCCUCAAAGAGCAUUGCUCAUUUGAUUCAACUGUCUGGAAAAUCAGACCUCAUCAUAUUUUCCCCCGAAUCUACUUUUUGUAAUUACGUUGAUGCUUUUAUUGACUACCAAACAGACGACUCUACAUGCUAUAGCGUUUAGUUUUGUUUUCGGAGGGCUAAAGGGACUAAAGCAUUUACCAAAGCGAGUCUCACUGGAUUUUUGUUAACCGAGCAAGUUCAGUAACAAGAAAAACAUCCUUGGGCGUGAAGUUGACCAGCCUCCAUUUGGAGAAAACGCUCUGAACCAGCCCCUCGUGGUUUCGUAAGCACACUUCUCUAAAGUCUUAUCGUUUUUGGCUCCAGAAAUGUAAAACCACGACGAAUUACAACCCUGCACCGACGGUUUUAGGAACCGCAAAACCAAUAUGAAGAUUAACGAUCAGGAACAUCCAGAUUUCUACUAUGUCAGUUCUCUUUUAGCGCUUUUUGUCUAUUUUUAAUAAAGGUUUUGCUUGAUGAAUUAAUCGUUUUUAACUGCCCCAAGGCAGAUGUCCCUCAGUAACCAGUGUACUAACUAGCACCUCGAUGCGAAACCUCUUUCAAAUGUCCAAAGUGCCAAAUCACGUGAGGUGCACUAAAAAGAUCACGCUGUUUGUACAGGUUUACAAUUUAUUUGGUCUUAAACUGACGUUAUUUUUACCUACUGAGAUUUUUGGGAGGGAUUUAUUUUUUCCACUCCCUCCCUCUUUGCACUUUGGGUAGAUGAGAGUCGGAGUAGAGCUAACUUAGGAAAAACUGCCGAAGCAAUGCAAGAAACCUCAGUGCUACUCGACAGCUGGAGUAUGUGCUUAACGGAUGAAUUAGCCCCAAAAAGUGAAACCCAUUGUAGCAGUGAAGGAGAACCAGGACGGCGUUCCAGUGUUAAAGGCGUAUUUUGCAAACAGCCUCCAGCCGUAGAAAGACGUUAAAUGUGUGUUCGUUGCUGUUUGUGUGUAAACAUUGUCCCUUUGUUGAGCUAAAUGCAGCCUAACAUCUUUUUUAUUUUUUGUUAAUGCCCAAGUAAUAGUAAAAGCAUUUAUCCGUUUAUUGGUUCAGUCAUCAUUUAUUUCAAUACCGAUUCUACAAAGAAUGACCCAAAGCUGUGUGAAACUGUGUUGACUGCUGUAAAUGUAUUUUUUAUUAUUUUUUUUUUUAUAUAUAUAAUGCAUUUGCUGUCCGCCAGCCACCUCGGUUCUGUUGUUCGUUGUCAUUGUCCUGUUGGUAUUUAAAGGUCAUUCGAAACAAGUGAUUGUGGCCCUUAGCGAACAGGAAACCCCCAUUAACUGGUCGCUGAAGCUUUCCAGAUAUUGCACAGAAUCGUUGUAAUACAUACUGACUGGUUGUGAUGUUGCAUAACCUGGCAGUGUACAGCAAAACUAAUGAAAUGUAAUACGUUUGUGGGGGGAUACCGAAAAAAAAAAAGUAAUGCCUAAUAUGUUAGCUACUUCAAUACGAAUCAGUUCACCAAUACAAGUUAUAAAACGUAAGGUUGUCUGUGCAGAUGUACUUGGGUUGAGAACUGUCCAGAGGAGAACAAACACAGUCUCUGUUUAUUUUCUGUAAUGAUCGUAAGAGAUGUGAUGCUUACCCAGCGUUGGAGUUGUUUGACGGACUGAGUGCUCUGAAGCUGUACCAAGCCAAACAAUUUUUCAUUCGAAUAAAGCAUUUGACAUUAAAAAUUAAUUCCACUACCACGAUGAUAGUCUCAAAACAAAUAAACCAUAUUUUCCUUCCCGGUA